CCACUUCACCUUAACUAAACAGCUCAGCUGUCUGUGUAUAUUGGCGGAUCCAGUUUUCCCAUAUCCCUCGUGCACCUUACCAGUCUCCUCUCCUUUAUAUACCUCUCCUUCUCCAUUCCUCUUCUCUUCACUAAUAACAUUCAAAUCUAUCAUCAACAUUGACAAUUAACAAAAAACAAAAAAAACCAUUUGUUUUAUCAACAAGAAAGGAAAAGAAAGAAUAAUGGUAGGCGUUUUCAUGCGUUCUCUUUCAUUUCCUAACAAAAACCCCAACCGCCCAUCAAAACCGCCCCUCUCUCAUCACAUCAGAUCCAUCAGUCUUCCAUGCAGAUCACACCCUUUAAUUUUCCAGCUCAAGGAUGCGAUCCACAAGCUCAAAGUCUGGUCUUCCAAAUCUGAUAACCGCACUUCUUCUUGGCUUUGUGAUGGCUUGACUAGCCUUAAAGCGCUUCACGAUUCCCUUGAUGAUAUUCUUCACCUCCCUCAGACUCAAGAAUCCCUUCGCCGCCACCCUAAAUGGAUUGAGAAGCUUCUUGAUGAUUUUCUUCGCUUUGUUGAUGUUUACGGAACCUUCCAGACAUCCUUCCUGUCUCUCAAAGAAGAUCAGCUCGCCGCUCAAGUUGCUGUCAGAAAGAGAGACGACUCCAAGAUUGCUUUGUACAUUAAAUCCCGCAAGAAAAUGGCUAAAGAAAUGUCUAAACUCGCGUACACAGUUCGCGACAUUUCACGAUGUUAUGUUCCUGGAUUGGAUAAAUUGUCUAUUGCUGAUGCUGAGCUAGUUGGUGUUAUUGGAGAUGUUAUUGAAGUAACAAUGUCGGUUACAGUUGCUCUAUGUAAUGGAAUCUCACAGUCAAUCUCUUCAAGAAAAUCGUCGUGGAUUGGACUGAGGUUGCCUACGAGAGCAAAGAAAGCCAAGGUUGAGGAAGGAAUUCAAGAAUUUCAAGAGGUUGGGGUGGAGAGUUUGUGGGGGUUGAGAAAGAAAGGAGAUGAAGAAGUGAGAAUGGUUUUGAAAAGAAUGCGAGAUUUAGAAGGUUGUAUUAGUGGCAUUGAAAGUGGAGGUGAGAAAGUCUUUAGGAGUUUGAUUAACACUAAGGUUGCACUACUCAACAGCCUCACAGUACAGUAGAAGGAAGGAUCAAUUAACGACUGAAGAAAAAUAUACAGGAGAGAUUUUUAAAUUCUUAAUUUUGUUUUCUUUAUGUUUCUUGAACUGAAUGAAAAAGGAAAAUGAGAAGUGUCAAAACUGAUGUCCAGAUUUGAGGAACAUUCAAUAUUAGUGUACUGUACAGUACUUGUUCAUAUUAAUUUGAAACUUUAAUGUAUUCAAUCCAAGAUUUGAGAUUC